AUGCCGCUAGAACGUUCAAGCAACUCCUCAGUACCAACCAAGAAAGAAAUGGUUACUCUUCCAAUAGAGAUGAUAACAGCAACUGCUCAUCAUAUAUUGGAGAACGUUCUACUCUUCUUCAUGGCUCUGUUCGUAUCUUUGGGGGAGAUAAAAAGUACUUCUGGAAGGUCUGGACCCCAACCUCGUCAUUAUAUGUUCAUCCAUCCGCAACAACAAAAAACGGCUUUACGAGAGAUUCUUAAGCAACGUUCGUCCACGACAAAAG